AACGUGCUUCUUUCAAAGUAGCCCUUGUCAGAGCUGGACUCGUCAUGAUUGCAGAUCAGUACUUCCCAAAUGUUCAAGAGAUGACAGAAAGUCUGAGCAGUGACAGUGUUGAUGAACAUGCGAGUACCUUGAGAAGUGUGGCGAGAGACAUCGAGAGUGAUGACCAAAUGUGCGCUAUUGGUCGAGAGCUCGGUUUUUCGGAGAGCGUCCUUGAUAGGUUUGCUGCCUCGAACAGGGAAGAAGGCCUUCUUAACCAAGUUUCUUCCAUGACAGGGUUGUUUGACACCAUCAUCCAGUUUCUACUCACUCAUUCAAGAUCCAAAGACGACACGUUUGAAUGUGACUAUCACGCCCUCCUUCAAAACCUCGGAAAAGUGGCACUCACUGGACUCUUGAAAGACGAGCAGAAGAUGGUCUUUGAAGAUACUGAUCUUCAAGGGGUCGAAGAGUACGAAGUCAUUGGUAUCAAACUGGGUCUGCUGUCAAAGAAGACAAUUCCAGUCAAAUACAUGAUAAACGGGAAAGCCUCGAAGACGUACAUCGAGUUCUUUCACAAAAUGGCACAGGAGUAUUGCGCAAGCAAGUUCUUGGCAGGUUCUCAGGGCGACCUCGACCAUUUCCUGAAGAAUGUACGUAGAAGUGCAACACCGCUCAUGUAUGCCGAUGUGCUCCGCUUCCUGGCAGGUUCGGGUGACAAUUUGCUGAUGUCUUCUAUUCAACUCAUCCUGGAACUUGAGGAGAGAGUAAUCAGCAAAGAUAUCAAGCACAGACUUCUUCUGGACUGUAUUGGUGAAGCCAGAGGUGACAUAUCAAAAUCAACGACUGACUAUCCAACUUUCUUUGACGAUGGCAAGCUGUGUCUGCAAUCAUUGCCAUCGAGUGCAGUCAUGGGAUUGGGUAGACUGCCGCCCAAUGUACAAAUACAGAUCACGUCUGUGGAUCUCAUGUAUUGUCAUCUGCGGGCAAAACUGACACGAACCCUUUGGAUUGGUCUGCGAUCUUGUCCCAAUCUUGAAGAGAUGAAGGUAUGGGGUUGCUGUCUACAAAAUUUCAAAUUGUCCACGCUUCCUUUCAUCAAGCGCCUCACACUUGGGCACCUCGACAACUCCAAUGACCACUCCUCACUCAUCUCUGCCGUCCCCAACGUCCAAAGCCUCAAAGUGGAGAGUAGUCCAAACUUCGACAAUCUUCAGCAGGUCCUGUACUCGGUCAUGACAGGACUUGGGGAGUGCAAUGGUCAGCUACGCAGUCUCCAUGUGAGUGGAUGCAGCGGUCAGAUGUCGAUGGCGCCACAAAGCUUAUCUGUAGCCUAG